UUUAAAAACCCCGAGAGUAACAGCCGAGAAGUGUUCGUUUCUCUCCUCCGGUUUCCCUCUGGCGUAGAGCUGGUGGGCGUGGGGAGACACACGGGGGGGGAGCGCGGUGUCCGAGGUGAAGGUGUUGGUGAAGGCACUGCUGCAGGAGAUUUCGUGUGAGAAACUUUGUGUCCGUCAGGGCUUCAUCUUUGCUUUCUUAUUUCUGGUGCCUUAACAGUGCGUGGAGGUCAGGGCUUCCCCAGCAGCUGCCUUUACUCGUGUGCAGUGCUGAGGCUGAGCCUGUCCCUGUGCUUAACAAACCGAUCGUAAAUCCCCGGGAGCACCUGGAACUCGAUAGCCACGCUGGGCUCUCGAGGACUAAAAAGCAGUAACUGUUGUGUGUGAAUCAACCUAUCGUCACUGCAUCAUCACUUUAAUCAUACUAACUUGACAACCAUUGUAUGCCAGCUUGUGUCAACACCAGUUAUCAUGGAUAAUUGAGAGCUGGCUGUGCUGAAAAGUCAGAUGAUUAAGCUUUAUCUAAACUGCCUGCAGACUGAGGUGCUCCUGAUCAACCAGAUCCUUCAGGAAUUUUUUAAAAAGAAACUUUGGUGGGUAAAAGAUGUGCCAUGGAAUGGUAGCACCAAAGAGCAACACAGGAUCAUCUCUUGCCUUGACUAGCCAUGGGUUAUUUCUUCUGCUAGUUAUCUUUGGUACCUUUAUUUUGGAAGCACAGGCCGCAGGUUGGCUCAGCAAAUCCAAAGGACCUGCAUAUUGUCCCCAGCCACCGCAGCCUGAGAAUGGAGGCUAUAAAUGUCACCCUAGCCCCUGCAACAACCCUCUGACUUCAGGCAGUGUCAUAGAGUAUCUGUGCGUCGAAGGCUACAUGCUGAAAGGAGAUUAUAAAUACUUGACCUGCAAGAAUGGAGAGUGGAACCCAGCCAUGGAAGUCAGCUGCAGGCUCAGCCCGGAAAAGGACUCUCCUCCAACAAUUGGAGUACCCACGCUGUCCAUAGUAGCCUCCACAGCAAGCUCUGUCGCCCUGAUUCUGCUCUUAGUUGUGCUGUUUGUUUUGCUGCAGCCAAAGCUGAAGUCGUUCCAUCAUAGCAGGCGAGACCAAGGUGUGUCUGGAGAUCAGGUCUCUAUCGUGGUGGAUGGUGUCCAAGUGGCCUUGCCAUCCUAUGAAGAAGCGGUGUAUGGCAGCACAGGGAACUGCAUUCCACCCUCGGACUCCCGAGUGCAGAUCGUGCUCUCAGAGGGAGCUGGGCAGAAUGGAGCCAGAGAGAUGCAGCAGCAGGAUCAAGGGGCUUGCAAUAGCUUUGACAGAGAAGAUGAAGCUCCCGGACGUUCUGGACUGUGUGAAGCCAGUGGCUCUCAGCGCUCUGAAACUGUUCUUGUGCAUCAGGCUGCUACCUCUUCCUGGGUAGCUGGCAUGGCUAGCAGUAGGCCUGUACACAAAGAGGUCCAAGAUUCAGAAAGCAGUGACAUACAGAGCCUUUUAUCACUCACUUCCUCCGAGGAAUACACAGAUGAUAUUCCUUUACUGAAGGAAGCAUGAGGCCUGCUGUGUUUGUCUAGCCUUCUCCCUCUUGGAUUUCUUCCUCCGCCCCUCCCCCUGCCUUCGGGACAGAAGCACUCUGUGCAGCCUUCCCCGUCCUUGCAAGCUGUGCCCUGGAUACCUCCAAGCAGAGACGCCCUCAGCUGAAGAUCCAAAGGAUGUUGCCAGGUUGCCUCCUGGAUGCACCAGUGGAGUUGGUGCAGCGCUGGCUUCCCCAUUCCAUCAGCAUCAGGGGCUCAAGGAACAGAGUGGAUUUGAGCUCUCCUCUCCUCUUCCCCAGCCAGAUGUUUGACAGCAGUCUCUGAAGAGCUGCUCUUUUCUUGUGCCUUUCUCCUCCUCACACCGGCUUGUUGCAGCUUAUCAGCCUCUCUAGCCCUGCUGCUGCCCAGAGAGCAGGGGCUGAAACCGCUUGCUCACUGGGUGCAGACACAGUUUAUAUAUACGUAUAUAUGUUAUAUAGGCUCUUCUUCCAGCAUCCUCUUUGUGAUAGGGCAGGAUGAAACACCUCACUGGGACUGAAGCUGGGCUUGGGAGGGAUCCCAGUUCAGGGGCAUCUGCUAGGGUGCUGAAAGCUAAGUCCAACAUGUAGGAAUGCCCUCUGCCCCCUUCUCAAAAAACAUCUCUGCAGGAGUCUGUUUCUGAAAAUCACUUUUGUGUCCUCCAGCCUUCUCUACUCUUGCAGCCCACUUGAUUAUGCUGUGUUUCCAGGAGCUGGGACUGGGACUGUACUGCCAAUAAAACAACCCUUUCAGCUUUGGUUUGGCACCAGAGCAGCUCCUGGUGUUAGGUUGUAGAAGAUCCUUGGAGAAUGGCUAGUGGUUAGCAGAGUUCAGAAAGCUUGGAGGAUGUGAUUUUUCAGUUAACCAACCCUGUGUUAACUAUGAGUUAGCCCCAUUCACUGAAGCAUCAGGACUGGAACCAAAUUUGUGGCCCUGCUUUUCUGAAGGAGCUGUGUGUCUCAGCUUUUUCAGUUGAGAUGCUUCUGUACUAAAGCUUGGGUUUCUUUGGUCAGAUCUUCAGGCAGAGGUAACGCUUUUGAGAUGUAAUCUGGAAGUGGUCCAGUGUCUGGAAAUAUCAAGAGAAAAAAAUGCCCAUAGGUGGUGAAUGCCUAGUGCCAUCGGUGCAAUCCAAAAUUACCCCUCCGGCCACAGUAGGUACCUUGGUGCUUGAAUCCUGGGUAGCUGCCAUCUCAGAGGCUAGUGUGUCUUCCUAGCUUCAUUCAGCAAGAGUGCUGUUUUAUCCUCACGGGCUUCAGUGGGCCCACAGAGAAAGGCUGUUUCCUUGGGUGGGGGGGCCAGCAGCAUUUCUAAAGUCUAAAUACAGUGCAGUUGCCUGUUGCUGUGAGAGAAGGUUGACUACAGUGACAGCAGUGCCAGAGGAUACCCUGGCUUAUUCCUGAACCUACGUUUUGAAGAUUGCUUCAAGUUCUGAUAGCAGGGAGAAGAAAAUCCAAAAAUAUGUAUACCUCUGCCCCCACCCCGUUAUCUACAGCAGGUCAGAAUAUCCUGGUUGCUGUUAACAGGUUGCUCUUUUUGCAGGAAGCCACAUUUCUCUGGGGUAGGUGAUCCAAUCACAAAAGCGUUGUGCUGGUUGUAAGGUUUUUUACCAGGGAGGUCUGGACACUGUUCCAUGGGAUUGGUUUCAGCAAGAAGAGUUGGCUGCUUGGAUUGCAUGUACCUUGUCAUAACUGUCUUGAAGUAACCAGGGAAGUGUUUGCCCUGUGAGAAGCUGCUAAAUUUUUGAGUUGAAGGAGCAAAAUGUCAUGGCCUUACACAUUGUGUGGUAAUGUACAGGUAAAUAGGGAUGCUGUCUUCACUGCUUUGCUUUUGGUUUAUGAUCCUUGCCAUCCUCAUCCUUGUUGCUCCAGGAACGUACUGUCACAGCAUGUGGUAGAAGUGACACAACACCUUUAUGUAUAACAUCACUGUGGCUUAGCUCUGGUUCCUGGAAAUGGGGCUUGGCCAGAUUAUCCAGCCGUGUACCUGCUGCUUCUGUUCCUGAUGAGCUCUUGAAUCCCAGGACACCUGGGACAGCGCGUGCCUGUGGAUGGAGGAAUCCUAUUUUCCCUAUCCUUGUUUUAGAGGGAUGUUAUUAAUUUUAAAAUACAGUAUUUUAAAAUUCCUGCUAUUGCUCAUGUGACCUUGCGUUAACACCAGGAUUUGAUAAAUCCUGUCCUGGUUUAGGUAUUUUUUUUGUUCAGUUUGGAUGGUGAAAAUCCCAUGUUGUUUUACAGUGGGCUGUGGCAUCUCAGCUUCAAGCACUGGAGAGGGCAAAUGUUGUUUACACAUCUGCUAUUGGAAUCUUAGAACAUAAGUGUGGGAAUGUUUGUAUUUAGUUUUUAACUCUUACCUUGAAAAUGGUGUAAGCUUGAGCAAAUUGUCUCAUUCACUGGUUUAUCAGGGCAGAUAGAGGGAUCGAGCGAGUGUAGUGGUAAGGGAGUGUGGAGGGAAGAAUACGUGACUUCCUUCCUGCUGCCUAACCAGCUCUGAGGAGGAGGAGUUGCUCUUUAUGCAUUUCAGGUCCUGUCUACUCAAACUGACCCUCAGCAGUCACGGUGUAGCAGUCAGGUACAUGCUACCUUCCUGCAAUGGACAGUCCUUUGACUCAGUGUUAGCACCAGGUUGAUGGGAGAAUCCCAUAGCGAAGCUGGAAGCUGAUCCCAAGGCCUGACCUUGCCCUGGAUGGGCGCCUGCUCUGCCAGCAGAAAGCACAUACUGUGUAGCCCUGCCUCCUCUCUCUGCUAUUGUAAAGCAAGCCAGUUUGGGAGAGAAAAUUCAGUUUGGGUGUGGAAGAGAAGGAAGCAGGCUACACAGAAGAGGGAGUGUUCCAAUUUUCUUUCAUUUAUAGAAAUUGUGGGAAAUAGCUUUACAGAGGAGAAGGGGGAAAUGUGGAGGUGGAGGGAAAUAUGCAAGUGUAGAUCUUGUGAUCAGGCAUAAACAGGCAGCUUCUGUUGGCUUGCUGAGGGUAAACCAGCAGCUCGCAGGCCAGUCUCUGCUGUGCUGGCUGGUAACCCCAGCUGGUGCUUGCAGCGCUUGUAGAAGAGCCUGUCCCCUGCAGCAGCACUUGUGGGAACGGGCCCCAAGGACCUGUGCAAGCCAGAACAUGGGAAACCAUUUGGGGGCAUCACAUUCCUCUUGCCCAUGUCCUCAGCUCUAAAGUAUGUUUUCAUACAAAAUGAAGUAGAAUGGCGGGGGAGGAACCUGAAAGAUGGUCUGCUUGACAAUUUUUUUAAAGUGGGAGGGGGAGCGAGGCCUCACUCUACUGAUUAUCAUAUCAGGUGAUUGUUAAUCAUUUGUGUUUGGUUUAAUUCUAUAGAGGCUGAAGGAUUGGGAAGUAUUUUGGGCAGGGAUUUAGGAAAAACUAAAUUGCACAGUCCUGUUUUUACUUAAGGGAGCAAGGGCUGAAGCUUAAAGAUCCCUCAGUUGUGAGCUCUGCUCUGUCUCGAGAGCAUUCAUUACCUCUGAGCAAAGUGUGUCCUCUUUGGCUGUUGCCAUAGGUCGAUGCAGCCUGGAUCUCAGUGUGGUGGAUAGGGGAGCACAGCAGUUCAGCCUUCCGAGAUGUAACGCAGUAAAUUUUUUCUUUUUUUUUUUUCCUGAUGGGGACACAGCCUCCUUACCUUUGUUCCUGCCUAUGUCAGGCAAAAGAAUUCAAAGGGAAGCAUUUUUUCUUAAUUAACACUCCUGACAUAAUCAUCUAAUGCUCUGUCAUACAUGUUGGCUCCUGUGAUAUUCAAGAAAAUUAAAAUGUUUUAAUUACAUUGGAAAAAUAAAAAUAGCAUUUAUCUUAAAGAUUUCUGUAUUUUUGGAAUCUGAUAGGUUAAAAAAAAGGGCAUUUCAGUAACUCAGAAUAUUAUGUGCAAUAGAAAAGCCUCCUUGCUCCCUUUCGGUUGCAUAAUUUUUAAAAAAAAAAAAAAAGUGCAGCCUACUGCAGUGUUUACAGCCGAAGUGUUGCAGAACUUGACCAGCCUGAGAGAACCAGAAAGCGAAGCAGACAAUAUCUGAAGGGGAAGCAGGGCAGUCUCCUGUCAGAAGCUCAGCUCAGACGAUGAGCCAGCUCGGAUUGUGUCAGAGCCUCCUGCCACCUUGAAGGGGGUCGGCAGCAUUGGCGAGAGAUGGUUUUGUGUGUUCUGGUUUUAAAUAGCUUGCAUGUCCCCAUCAUGAACUGCAGAAGAUGUAAAUAAGUCAGGAGGAAAGAUGUGCUGCAGCGUGUGAGCCUGUGGAGCUGUUGCUGAGUUAAAACUUCAUGAGUUUGGGAGAGAUAAGAGCUUAAUGCAUUUUUAUCCUUUUUCUUAACCACCAGGGAACUUGCUGUGUAGAAGGAUGCUUACUCAGGCAAGCAUGCUGCUUGUUCACCCCUUGGACGUGUCCCCUUGAUUUUCUCCUCCAAAUCAGGUGUGAUGAAUCGUUAACACAUCUGGAGGGUUUAUUUGACCUUUCAGCACAUGGAGAGGUCAGGUGUGUGAGGAAGAAACCUGUUCCAUGUGUGUUGGGAGGAAGCUUCCUAAGAUGCUCCCAGAAGUGGAUGUCUUGGGUCAAUACUGAGGAGUGGGGCUAAGGGAGCAGCAGGCUCAGCUGUUGGAAAUAAUCUGGGAUGGUUAAGUCAUUUGCAGCACAGAAAAGGGAACGCCAAGAAAGGGGGUAAGGAAGAGCUGUGACUGAAAACGGGUAUGCUGCAGGCUAAUGAGCUAAUGCGUUUGUGACCGGGUUGUAAGGAAGCUUGUGCUUUGUUUAGAUGAUUUAGCAGACACCAGCAGGCUUGCUGUGUAAACAAAAAAAAAAAAAUUAAAACUGGUUGGAGAUUUCCUUGAUGACCUUUUUAGAACAUACUUGCAAAACCUGGUUUUACUGUUCUGAUAGCAGUUGCUUAAAAAAAA